GGCGUUAUCGCAGAGGGUGAACAGUGCGUACGUGAUCAUUACAGAAGGUGCAGAAAACGGAAAAUUGCUGGAAAUUCUGGAUCCGUCGAUUGGGGGACGAUGCUGUUUAUUACAGACAAACCUGUCUCCAUGAAUGAAUGGAAAGAAACACAUCGCGCGGAUGUGGAGAAGGGUUGUGCUCGCAAAAGUUCGAAGGAAGAUGUCGAGAUUCUCAGUCAAAGCAUGGAAGCAAACCAGGCUGCAGUUGAGGGCAUGAAAAGCCGCGUACCUCCUCCUCAAGUUAAGGGUGGAAGGAUUCGUCGACACUCUUCGUACGAACCAAAUCUCGAUGAUAUACUGGAGGAUGAGGAACAAAAAGCAAAAGGAAGAGUGCAGAGUCGAAACCUCGCGGAAAUCCAUCGCGAGCGAGCAAGAGAUUCUGGGUUUUUAAAGAGGGACCGCGAAGGACGAACCUGGCGCAGACGACACUUCGUGAACAACAACUGUCCAAGAGCGCGGUCGUAUACAGCUUGA